GACCCCCAGAGGAGCCCUCGCCUGGGGGAGGCCCGCCGCCCCGGUCCUGCUUCGCGUCUCUAAGGGCCUGGAAUGGGAUCUGUGGUCCGGUGCCAGUGGGCAUGACAUUUCCUGAUGCAGCUGCUGCAUGCCACACAGCCACAUGAAUACUGCCACCGUCCACCUUUCACUGCCCCCGGUUCAGUCGGCGGCUCGGCGACACUUCAAAGGGAAAGGUCUGCGGCACUGCAGAUAACAAAGUGCACCCCCCCCAAGCAUCGGCAAGUUUUCCAGGAGCCCCCACGCGGCCCCGUGGGUGACAGACAGAAUCAACCCAUAGACUAGGACCUGGAGGGGAGAAGACCAAUUGUGGCUUGAACAAAAGGCAGACAGAGAGAACUAAUGCCAAGCCCUUCUCCUCCUCAGACAGCCUAGCGAAGGUCCAGGAGGUAGCAAGCUGGCUUUUGGAAAUGAACCAGGAUCUGCUGUCGGGGGGCAGCAGCAGCAGGCGGAGUCGGGGGCCGGGGGGUCCGGCAGUGCGAGGUAACGCCUCCUCCACAGCCCGGGCGCCCCAGCAGGCGGCCGAGGAGGGCGAUGAGGAAGAGCACAUGAACAGGGUAGUAGAGGAGGAAGAGCAGCUGCAGCAGAGGCCUGAUACAUCACAGGUUGACGGUGGAAGAGAACAACCAUGGGUGCCCAGCGAAUCAGGAGCCAGCAACGGCCCUCGCGGAGAGGAGGAAGGGGAAGAUGGCGAGGACGGCCCGCCAAACGAAGUGAACGGUAGGGAGAAAGGCGCCCGAUGGCUGUGGGAGUCGGAGCAGAGGCGGCUGCGAGGCGAAGAAGAGGAGGAGGAGGAAGAGGAGGAGGAGGAGGAGGAAGAGGAGGAGAACAACAACAGCGGCAGCCACCAAGAGGAGGAGGAGGAGGAGGAGGAGAGGACAGAGGGAGGGGAUCAGCAGCAGGGAGGGGAGGAAGAGGAGAGGGAAGAAGGCGAGGAGGAAGAGGAGGAUGAGGACGAGGAAGAGAUGGACCAAGACAGUGAUGACUUUGAACAUUCAGCAGAGAGCGGGAGAGAAGAGGAGGAGGAGGAGGAAGGAGAAGGCCUACGGUCUCCCUCUCUCAGGAACAAUGUGUCCAUCCCUAAUAACAACCUGGACUCUGGUUGUACACACCAAAGCUCUUCCAACAAGAAGGUGAAAAAAAACGAAGAACUCCAUGUGGAAAGCCUAACUGCAAAAAAAGAAACUGAAAUGUGGUGUUCAUCCUUCUGUACAUGUCUUUGCAUGUUUCAGAUGAAGACGGAUUGUGUUCCCAGGCUUCAGAUGAAAAGGAAGUUGGACCAUGGCCCCGAGGUCCGAUCUUUCCCUUCAGGAAAAAAGCCCUGCAAAGGCACGGAGUAUCCAAGCCCGAUGGGAAUUGUUCCAUGUCCAGCCACACCCACCACAUUUGGCCAGAUCAGAACCGCCAACAGUCAGGGGCAACAAAGACGGCGCAUCACCUCAAUCCAGCCACCUACGGGUCUCCAAGAAUGGCUCCGAACAUUUCAGAGCUGGACUGGCCCGGAGAAGCUGCUGGCGCUGGAUGAGUUGAUUGAUAGCUGUGAGCCCACACAAGUCAAGCAUAUGAUGCAGGUGAUCGAGCCGCAGUUUCAGCGAGACUUUAUCUCCCUGCUUCCCAAAGAGCUGGCUUUGUACGUCCUGUCAUUCCUGGAACCGAAAGACCUCCUCCAGGCGGCCCAGACGUGUCGCUACUGGCGCAUCCUGGCAGAAGACAACCUGCUGUGGAGGGAGAAGUGCAGGGAGGAAGGCAUCGAUGAGCCUCUGCCCCUCAAGAAGAGGAAAAUCGUCAAGCCUGGCUUUACUCACAGCCCCUGGAAGAGUGCCUACAUCAGGCAGCACAGAAUAGACACUAACUGGAGGAGAGGCGACCUCAAAUCACCCAAGGUGCUGAAAGGUCACGAUGACCACGUGAUCACCUGCCUCCAGUUCUGUGGCAACCGCAUCGUCAGCGGCUCCGACGACAACACGCUGAAAGUCUGGUCGGCCAUCACAGGAAAGUGUCUGCGGACGCUGGUGGGCCACACAGGGGGCGUGUGGUCAUCCCAGAUGCGCGACAACAUUAUUAUCAGCGGCUCCACUGAUCGCACACUCAAGGUCUGGAACGCAGAGACAGGAGAAUGUAUCCACACCCUCUACGGGCAUACCUCAACAGUGCGCUGCAUGCACCUACAUGAGAAAAGGGUGGUCAGUGGCUCUCGCGACGCCACACUGCGCGUCUGGGACAUCGAGACGGGUCAGUGUUUACACGUCCUCAUGGGCCACGUGGCGGCGGUGCGCUGCGUCCAGUACGAUGGCCGGCGGGUGGUCAGCGGAGCCUACGACUUCAUGGUGAAGGUGUGGGACCCCGAGACGGAGACCUGCCUCCACACGCUGCAGGGCCACACCAACAGAGUGUAUUCAUUACAGUUUGAUGGGAUCCACGUGGUGAGCGGCUCGUUGGACACGUCCAUUAGGGUCUGGGACGUGGAGACGGGCAACUGCAUCCACACGCUAACGGGGCAUCAGUCCCUGACCAGCGGCAUGGAGCUCAAAGACAACAUCCUGGUCUCGGGCAACGCAGACUCCACUGUCAAGAUCUGGGACAUCAAGACGGGCCAGUGCCUACAAACACUGCAAGGUCCACACAAGCACCAGAGCGCCGUGACGUGUCUCCAGUUCAACAAGAACUUUGUGAUCACCAGCUCGGACGACGGCACAGUCAAACUGUGGGACCUGAAGACGGGCGAGUUCAUCCGGAACCUGGUGACGCUGGAGAGCGGCGGCAGCGGCGGUGUGGUGUGGCGCAUCCGGGCAUCGAACACCAAGCUGGUGUGCGCGGUCGGCAGCCGCAACGGCACAGAGGAGACCAAGCUGCUGGUGCUGGACUUUGACGUGGACAUGAAGUGAGGGGGACGUGGUGGGCAAGGACGAAGAGCGCAAACGAAUAGCGUGGGAGACGAGGCGCCUGGAGACCAGAGGGCCCGAAGCCGACAACUCUUCACCCAAACCAACUCUACAACCACCACCACCACCACCACCAGUGGGCUGGCCAGUCCUCCACCAUUAUCUCCCCCCGUCCGCCUCCUGGGUAAACGUUACUGACAAAGCCACAGACCCUCACACGUGUUUAGCCCCCUGCUUUUGACCCCGAGCGCCACACUGAGGUGGAGUCGUAGGGGAUUGGGCUGGAAAAGGGGCGGGGGGGGGGGCAUGAGCGGUCUGUCCCCUGAUUAGCCGGGAGAAAAGACGAGAAGAAGAAGAAGAAGAAGAAGAAGGAACGACUGACAACGACUGAACUUCUUUUGAAGUGACGCUCCGCCCUUUUCGGUUCGGGGUCAGCUUCGCACAGAGACUUGGUUUCGCCUCAAGCCUGACAGAUUUUGAGAUGUAUAGAGAUAUAUUAUUUUUUAAAGCCCCACCCCGCACAUGCACCCCUUCCCCCUCAUCAGUAUGCUCCCUCAAAAACACACACACACACACACACACUCUCAAACCGGAAAGGAAAAAGCUUGAGGAAGGUGGGAGAUGUUUUAAAGUUGAAUUUCCACAGUUACAUGUAAAGAGCUGCUCAAUGUUAACGAGAGGAUUCAGAGGUUUCGUUGUUUGUUCUCACUCCGUUUCCGUUCUUAUCGUUUUCCACUCGGUUUCUGUAGUUUUUUUUUUUGUUGUUUUUUUUUACAAUAUCGCACACAAUCACAACUGUGAAUCUCAGUUCCUUUUUGGUUUAUCACAUGAAAGGGGGUGUCUGUAUUGUUGUGGGUUUUUUUGUUUUUGUUUUUUUCCCUCUUUCCUUGCCGUUGCCAACAGCAACAAAUCCCAGUAUUAGAAACCAGCUCGGUUUAGGUUUGCUGUCGUCAUGUCACAAGUUUGUUUUGAGGGGUGGGGGGGGGGGGUUGUUUGAGUUGUUUGUUCUUCCUUUCUGUUUUCCACAUACCUGGGUUUGGAGCUCCGUCUCCACAUCAACAUCAGUGCUGUCCAGAAUGUUUCAGUCUAGCUGUG